UAUCUGCGGACGCAUGGCAGCAAACACUCUUGGAAGUGCAACGCCCAGAAAACCUGUCUUAUCUGUCAGAGAAAGAAAAAUUAAGGACAAUGCAGCUGAUUGGCAUAAUUUGAUCCUGAAAUGGGAAACCCUCAAUGACGCGGGCUUUGCUACUGCAAACGGCAUUGCCAACCUGAAGAUCCGGUUGCGGAGUGAAGAUAAGACAGAGUUACAGAGCAGCAGUCCGGCUUCCAGGGAAGAUACGGACAAGACGCUUCCAGAAUAUAGCAAGGAGCUCGAGACUCUGUGUGAGGAGCUGCAGACCACCUUGGAGGCUUUGGCCAAAAUACAGAUAAAAAUGGAAAAGCUAUCCUCGACCACCAAGGGGGUUUAUGAGCUAGAGAACUACCAUUACCGGGAUGGGAGGCCUCGCCCCCCACUAUUUCACACAUGGCCCACAGCCCAUUUCUCUGACAUGUAGAAUCCCAUAGAGCUAACUGAGUGAGAGAGACCGGCUGGUGAAAACUACCUGCAGCCGUCGCCUGUGUUUGCAGACUGAGGAUGGGACAGGCCACGGGAUUCUUCCAGGCACAAGCACUAGGGUCUGACAACGUCCGCAGCCCAACCCUGGGGGCUCGAGUCUACCAUUGGCUUCCCGCAGAACUGUGAGGAACUUGGUGCUACAGCACGGAUGGGGUACGUGACCCAGGAUGUGGCCCUCCUCUCAUGGAGGCUGCAGCGUCCCAGCAACAGGGAAAGAGGCAAAUAUUCCAGUAAAGACCCUACACGACAGGGAUGUCGUUUGGGAGAAAGUGAGCCUACCUCGCUGUGCAAAGUGUUGUGUCAGAAAGCACUGAAAGGCAACACUUCCUAGCGUCUCCUUCCUCUGCCCCUGGGGCACUCGCUGAUGGCUCACUACCGUAAAGGCCGCCCCUCACACAUCUCACAGCCAGGAAGCCCGCGUUUAGCACGUGGUGGAAAGGGUGUUCUGCUCCAGGCCGCCCUGCCCGGCAGGCUGUUGUCAGGAGCCCCAGAGGCAGGUGGGCAGGACUGGGCCCCCAGAACCACUGGCAGUUUUAUGCUUCCGGCAUACUUAAAAAAAUAAAUGCUC